GUCCUGGAAGGCCGGGAGGCAGUUUACUGGGUAAUUCAUAUGCAAAACUGCACCAUAAAUUUCCAGGCUGUCUCAGUUGCCGUGGCACCGGGAAGCAUUUCUCCACUACUGUACAGUAUUUCUGCCAUCUUUGUUUGCAUUGCAGUGAGUCAUCAAAAGUCUGUCUCGUACCAGCACCCGGGGCCGCGCAUUCCUCUGGCACCAACACUCCACUGUUUUUAAAGCCGGGGCUGGGAGCUGGCAUUUACUUCGGCUCCCAAAUCAAAGGCGGCUAUUCAUUCCCGAGCCGCCGGAACGUUCGUCUGCAUCCGGCCCCUUCAUUGAGAUGCGGUGCGCUGCCCGGGAGGGCCGGCCUGGGUGCAGCUGAGCUGCGGCCGCGAGCCCAGCGCCCAGGCUCUCUGCCCUCCUCCUCCUCCUCCUCCUCCACCAUCUCCUCCUCCUCCUCUUCCACCUCCUCCUCCUCCUCCUCCUUGCCGGCUCCCUGCGCCCUCCCCGCCCCAGGGCUCCCGCUCCGUUUGCUGCAUUCGCGGAGCAGCUGGGCAGGCGGGCUGCGUGCGGGGAGCCUGUCCUGCCAGGCGGAGCGGGCAGUGCCGGCCGGCGGCCGCAGCGGCGGAAGAUGAGCCCCGCUAGGGCCGCCCCGCGCUGAGAGCCCAGCCCCGCCGCUGCCCGCCCGCCAUGUCUCAGAUGCUGCACAUCGAGAUCCCUAACUUCGGGAACACAGUGCUGGGCUGCCUGAACGAGCAGCGCCUGCUGGGCCUCUACUGCGAUGUGUCCAUCGUGGUCAAGGGCCAGGCCUUCAAGGCCCACCGGGCGGUGCUGGCCGCCAGCAGCCUCUACUUCCGCGACCUGUUCAGCGGCAACAGCAAGAGCGCCUUCGAGCUGCCCGGCUCCGUGCCGCCCGCCUGCUUCCAGCAGAUCCUGUCCUUCUGCUACACGGGCAGGCUCACCAUGACGGCCAGCGAGCAGCUCGUGGUCAUGUACACGGCCGGCUUCCUGCAGAUACAGCACAUCGUGGAGCGCGGCACCGACCUCAUGUUCAAGGUGAGCUCGCCCCACUGCGACUCGCAGACCGCUGUGAUCGAGGACGCCGGCUCCGAGCCCCAGAGCCCCUGCAACCAGCUGCAGCCGGCCGCCGCCGCCGCCCCCUACGUCGUGUCCCCCUCGGUGCCCAUCCCGCUGCUGACCCGAGUAAAGCACGAAGCCAUGGAGCUGCCGCCGGCCGGCCCAGGCCUGGCCCCCAAGCGCCCGCUGGAGACGGGGCCCCGGGACGGCGUGGCGGUGGCCGCAGGGGCUGCGGUGGCGGCGGGCACAGCCCCUCUCAAACUGCCCCGUGUCUCCUACUACGGGGUGCCCAGCCUGGCCACCCUCAUCCCCGGCAUCCAGCAGAUGCCCUACCCCCAGGGGGAGCGGACCAGUCCGGGCGCCAGCAGCCUGCCCACCACCGACAGCCCCACCUCGUACCACAACGAGGAAGACGAGGAGGACGACGAGGCCUACGACACCAUGGUGGAGGAGCAGUAUGGCCAGAUGUACAUCAAGGCCUCCGGCAGCUAUGCAGUGCAAGAGAAGCCUGAGCCAGUGCCGCUGGAGAGCCGCUCCUGCGUCCUCAUCCGCCGCGACCUCGUGGCCCUGCCUGCCAGCCUCAUCAGCCAGAUCGGAUACCGCUGCCAUCCCAAGCUCUACUCGGAGGGGGACCCUGGGGAGAAGCUGGAGCUGGUGGCAGGCUCUGGGGUCUACAUCACACGUGGCCAGCUGAUGAACUGCCACCUGUGCGCAGGGGUGAAGCAUAAGGUCUUGCUGCGGAGGCUCCUGGCCACCUUCUUUGACAGGAACACGCUGGCCAACAGCUGUGGGACCGGCAUCCGCUCAUCCACCAGCGACCCCAGCCGGAAGCCGCUGGACAGCCGGGUCCUGAACGCUGUGAAAUUGUACUGUCAGAACUUCGCCCCCAGCUUCAAGGAGAGUGAGAUGAACGUGAUCGCCGCGGACAUGUGCACCAACGCCCGCCGCGUUCGCAAGCGCUGGCUGCCCAAGAUCAAGUCCAUGCUGCCGGAGGGCGUGGAGAUGUACCGCACGGUCAUGGGUUCCUCCGCCGCCAGUGUGCCCCUUGACCCUGAGUUCCCGCCUGCCGCGGCACAGGUGUUCGAGCAGCGCAUCUAUGCCGAGCGGCGGAGCGACGCCGCCACCAUCGUGGCUCUGAGAACUGACGCCGUGAAUGUUGACCUGAGCGCCGCCGCCAACCCCGCCUUCGACGCCGGCGAGGAGGUGGACGGGGCUGGCUCUGUCAUCCAGGAGGUGGCCGCCCCGGAGCCGCUGCCUGCCGAUGGCCAGAGCCCCCCACAGCCGUUUGAGCAGGGCGGGGGCAGCCCCAGCAGGCCCCAGACGCCGGCGGCCGCGGCCCGGAGGCCGGAGGGCACCUAUGCAGGGACUUUGUAAGCGGAGCUGGGUGGCUGCGCGAGGGACCGAGUACUAGAGCUGCUUGCAUGCGUUACUAAUACAAACAAAUGUGAUCAAGCCACUUACCUACUGAACUGCUACUGUUGCCUGAGAAAAAUGUGAUUUUUAUUCUGCUUGUAUUUAAAAUUGAUGAAGGAAACAAAUGCAUUCAUUA